AUGUCUGAUGCAAAGCCGUACACAGAGGCAUGGCUUCCCGGGCCAGACGGUCACCAGUUUUACACCCGUACCUAUCGCCCAAGGGCAAGCCCGCACGCAGCGGUGGUGUUCAUUCAUGGAUUCGCAGAGCACGUAGCUCGACACGAGCACGCACACAGCAACUGGGCGACCAAGCACAUGCUCGUAUUUACAUUUGACCAGCGCGGCUUCGGGAGGACAGCACUGGACCCCGAGCGACGCAGCAAGGAUGCCUCGUACGGGAAGACGUCGCACCAGCAGCAGAUGCGCGACAUCGAAUGGUGGGUGCGGCAUGUGAAGAGAGACUACCCUGAUCUGCCACUCUUCUUGUUUGGACACUCCAUGGGAGGCGCACUGGUCCUGGCAUUUCCCACCCAGACAGAGCCGCCGCCGUCAAAAUACACCCUCGAGAUGCUCUCCGGAGUCAUCGCGUCGAGUCCGCUCAUUAUUCAGACUACGCCCCGAUCGCGACUCCUGCGCAAGGUCGCCGGCGCCGCUGCACUGGUCGUCCCCUGGAUGCAGUUCCCGGCGAAGGUGCCGCCCGAGGCGAGUCCGGAUCUUUCCCACGACCCUGCAGUGAGCAACGCUGUUGGUUCGGAUCCGCUGAUCAAAGAGUACGGCACACUGCGUGGGCUGGUUGAUAUGCUUGACAGGGGCGAGAGGGUGCUCCGGUUCGGACAUCAGUACUGGCCGAAGAAGUUGCCUAUCCUCAUUGUCCAUGGUACGUAUGACAAGGUCACAUCUCACAAAGCGUCCGAGAAGUUCUUCGGUAAGAUCAACGCAGAAAACAAGAAGCUGUUGUUGUACCCGGGUGCAUAUCACGAAAUCACGAACGAGCCCGACGGUGUCAAGGAGAAGUUCUGGUACGACUGCGAUGGGUGGAUCACCGACGUGCUAUACAAACUGUACUUUAACUCGAGAAACCCUGGCUGA